GCUCACACUACAUUCUCCCACUGCCUUUUUGCCUUCAAGAGCAUGGGGCAGGCUAAGAGGCAAGUCUGUCUGACUCCAGAGGCAUUGAAAUACUUGUAUGGAUCUGUAUUUUGGAACACACCAUGCUUCCACUGAUGAACUCCAUUCCUUUACCUUGGUGAACCACCUUUAAGUGUUUUAGAUUCUACACCCAGAAAGAAGAACAGUCUAAUUGAACGCAGUUUUUCUAAUAUAGAGUUUGCUUUUAAACAUGCCAACCUAAGCUAAUUCAAGGAAGCUUGGAGAAAUUCCAAGAAGAUCUACAACAGGAGUUUCGGUAUAUCUCUGGCAGUAAUGGGCACAGAAAACAAAAGUUGCACUGAAAGUCUGAGUGUGGAGCAGAACGGUGGCCCGGCCAUCAGCGCGAUGAUGUUUGCAGCUGGAGUUCUCGGGAAUCUGGUUGCAUUAGUUCUCCUGGAGUUCCGCAGGAGGAAAGAGAAGAACCGGCAGCGACAGUCUCUGUUCCAUUUGCUGCUGACCACGCUGGUUGUUACGGAUCUAAUGGGAACCUGCUUGAUCAGUCCCCUGGUUCAGGCUGCAUACUUAACCAACACCACACUAGUUGGGAUGAGCGAGACACGUGCGGUGUGUGAAUAUUUUGGAUUUGCCAUGACUUUCUUCAGUCUGGCGACGCUCUCCAUCCUCCUCGCCAUGGCACUGGAGAGGUGCCUCUCCAUCGGGUACCCAUACCACUAUGGGAGGCACGUCACCAAACGCUGUGGAUACAUCACCGUCCCUUGCAUUUAUCUAAUCUGCUUUUUAUUUUGCUUAAUGCCAUUUGCAGGCUUUGGGAAAUAUGUUCAAUACUGUCCCGGGACAUGGUGCUUUAUUGCCAUGAAUCCAGAGGGGAUGGAGGACCGGGUUUAUGCCAACGUUUAUGCCACUGUGAUACUGCUUAUUGUUAUAGUUAUAGUGGCAUGCAACUGUUUUGUAGUUUACCAUCUGGUGUUAAUGUACCGGAGGCGCAAAAUGAACAGAGGAUCAGUGCAGACCCGGAGUAAAAGGGACAGGAGGUACUUCUCAUGGGCAGAGGAGGUGGAACACCUCAUUCUCCUGGUCUUCAUGACGGUCAUAUUUGUCAUUUGUUCCCUGCCAUUAAUGAUCCGUGUGUACAUCAACUCCAUGGGAAAGCCUAGAGGCAGCAACAAGACUGAUCUCAUAGCUCUGCGGUUCCUCUCGGUCAACUCCAUUAUCGACCCCUGGGUGUUCAUCAUCCUCAACCCCUCGGUUUUGCGCUUCCUGUGGGGGGCGCUGUGCAAGUCCAGCUUCGUGCCCUCCAGAAACUCCCUGUUCAAAACGUCCAUUACCAAAAACCCAGCAUGCCAAAUCGAGCUGUACCAACCCACUUCCACCUCUGUGGAGACCACACACCUCAACAAGUCAACCGUUCAGAAGAUCUGACGUGAUGUGGACAGUAUUUAUGGACUAGACGGAUCCAUCUAAAAAUCAAUAUGCUUUGGAAGGCAAGGUUUUCUUUCUAUUCUAUCUAUCGUUCUGUCUAUCUAAGAACAUCUUAAGUGAUUUGUCUGCCAUAAGUAAGGGCGAUCUGGUUUGUUUGUUAAUCUAAAAAUGGAUUUAGAAACCCCCUUAGGUCCUUUAACUGAGUGAGAUAAAGCCAACUGUGAGGUCAAAGGGGUAAGUUAUGUUCCCUCAACUAUGACAUUAAUUGUUUUGAGACCGAGGGCCCUGUCAACUAUGAUUGCCAGAAGAACUUGAAAAAUGUUCAAGGCAUGUUGAGUGGGCGUUCAGUCAUGGAGGAUAGUCCAGUUUUGAAGAUGAUAUUCUGUGUUUGGAAUGACUGAAGACAGAGGAACCAUCCUGAAGCUACCGUUCCACAGUCAUUGCUCAUCCAGGUUUCCUUUUUAGGGGGGGGGGGUUGUGCUUUCAAACAGGUCAAAUGGCAUGUCCAAGCAGUAUUUCACUUUGGACACUUUGUUGUCAAGUGAAUCACGUGACGAGGUUUCCUGCAUUUCAAGUCAAGGAGUUCUUCAAAUGUUACAUAUGAAAGCUGUCUGCUUGUAUUUAUAUUAUCAACAUAUUUAUUGUGCUUUGAUUUAUGUUGAUACAACAGUAAGUCAAUGACAUAUAUGUGUCUUCAUACGUAUGUCGACUGACAUGGUUCAGUAGUAAUCAGUCAUUUCUUUCAUGUGAGAGAUUCCGAUUGUACAUAAUUGUAUAUAAUUAGUAUAAGCAUAUAAGCAUGACGACAUGCGUGGCGCCGUUCAGUAGUUACAGACCUAUUCUUUGUGUCAAGAUACUUGUUUUUCGGUGCCUUUGAGGCUCUUGAAUGUACUUGUGAAAUAAUGUGACUCAUUAUUACUAGUGUUGUCUAUGCUUGUAAUUUAUGUUUAAGUGUCAUGAAAUUGUCUGUUAAAUGUAACAUUCUAUUAACAUCAUAUCUGUCCUAACGCACAGCGAGAAGGAUCACAAUGUGAAGUAGGAUUGUGUGUGAUUUUAAAGGGGUCAUAUGAUGCUAUUU